CUCUGGGGCCACACAAUCCUGAGGCCACUCGAUCCUGCCAGUAGAAGCACAGGGAGAGACCAGCUGUGCAUGGGGACAGGAAUGGGAAGGGGCUCGCAGACUUCUGGAGUCUGAGCCCUCAAAGUGGGGCGCGGGGCGGGGGGUGGAUUUCCCCAGGGCUGGGAUUCACUGAGUAGCCUGUCCUUCCCGGUCUGGAGCAGACCUAGUAGCACCCUCCAAAGUCUCAGGUAAACACAUGGCCCCCUGCCCCUGGGAAUGGGGUUCACCUAGUCUUGCAGUCCAGACCUGGGAGCCCCGGUUCUUUCAACACGUAUUUAUUUACUGAUCACCGCAGUGUCAAGCACGUUGCAGGCACCCGGAUACAGGGUACCUUUUGCCUUGGUAUCGUUGCCUUCCUCCUAGCGGGGAAGGUGAGCACAGAUCAGAUCGCCCAUGCGGGUGCAAAACUGGUGUAAGUGUAAGGUGGUCUCCACAAAAAUAAGCGCGUAUUUUAGCAAAAUCCUUCCUCCGUGCAGUCCGGGAGUCUCAAAUUCCCUCUGUCUCCUGGAAAGACACCUCGAGAGAAGCAACCUCGAGCAGAUGCCAGCGACUUGGAAGUAUUUAGGUCUUCGGGCUCAGGUCCUGGGGCCCGGGGCACUGCCCAGCUGACAAGAAAGUGGAACAAGAGCUCGAGUCCCGACGGCCUUCAGCACCCACUUCCAGAAAGCGCUCGCAGGGGUCCUGGCGGCCCAGGUUUCCAUUUGGCACAGGGCAGUGGGCGGGACUUUGGCGGGGGGUGUGUGUGUCCCAGUUUAGGCCAGGUUCCCUCCCAGACGCCCAGGCUAAAGCUUGGCCUCAGGUUUGGCAACAAAAGGUUGUGAAAGUGGGGGAAAUUUUCUAGGCGAACCGGAAGGCCAAGUAGGUGGCACUUUGUGUGGAAAGACCUAGGCGGUGCUUGUGAGACGAAGUGAUUGGCGGCGAGGGCGUGUCCUCAGGCAGUUCCUUCUUCUGGUUGGCUGUGGCAAAGGUGGGCGUGACCUCUGAAGAAGGGCUGUUUGCGUCGGACCCUCUUCCGGGCGCCGAGCAGUUUGCAUCUGCGUGGGCGGAGGCUUUUCUUUCUGUGUGGCUGUUCGCUGAAUCCUGAUCAUUAGCUGCGCAGGUCCGCAAGUGGCGAGAUGUUGAGGCUGCAAGUGGUGCUGGGCCACCUGAGCGGUCGGCCUCAGUCGAACCUGGCGCUGCAAGCCGAGCCGUGCCUCAGUGGCUUCCCGCCGGCCUCGGCCGCGGACGUGGUGGUGGUGCACGGACGCCGCACAGCCAUUGGCCGAGCGGGCCGCGGCGGCUUCAAGGACACCACCCCCGACGAGCUCCUGGCAGCCGUCCUGACCGCGGUUCUGCAGGACGUGAAGCUGAGGCCCGAGCUGCUGGGAGACAUCACCGUGGGAAAUGUGCUUCAGCCUGGGGCUGGGGCCUUGGUGGCCCGGAUUGCCCAGUUUCUGAGUGGUAUCCCGGAAACUGUGCCUUUGUCCACUGUCAAUAGACAGUGCUCAUCGGGACUGCAGGCAGUGGCCAACAUAGCUGGUGGCAUCAGAAAUGGGUCUUAUGACAUUGGCAUGGCCUGUGGGGUGGAGUCCAUGUCCUUGGCCGAGAGAGGGAAUCCUGGAAAUAUUACUUCAUCCCUGCUGGAAAAUGAGAAGGCCAGAGACUGCCUGAUACCUAUGGGGCUAACCUCGGAGAACGUGGCUGAGAGGUUUGGCAUUUCCAGGGAGAAGCAGGAUACUUUUGCACUGGCCUCCCAGCAGAAGGCAGCAAGAGCCCAGAGCAGGGGCUGUUUCCGUGCUGAGAUUGUGCCUGUGACCACCACCAUACAAGAUGACAAGGGCACCAAGAAAACCAUCACCGUCUCACAGGAUGAGGGCAUCCGGCCCAAUACCACCAUGGAGGGCCUGGCCAAGCUGAAGCCUGCUUUUAAGGACGGUGGCUCCACCACAGCUGGAAACUCUAGCCAGGUGAGUGAUGGGGCAGCUGCCAUCCUGCUGGCCCGGAGGUCCAAGGCAGAAGAGUUAGGCCUCCCUAUCCUUGGAGUCCUGAGGUCCUAUGCAGUAGUUGGGGUCCCGCCUGACAUCAUGGGCAUUGGACCUGCCUAUGCCAUCCCUGUAGCUUUGCAAAAAGCAGGGCUGACAGUGAAUGAUGUAGACAUCUUUGAGAUCAAUGAAGCCUUUGCAAGCCAGGCUGUCUACUGUGUGGAGAAGCUGGGUAUCCCCCCUGAGAAGGUGAACCCUCUUGGGGGGGCAGUGGCUCUGGGCCACCCCCUGGGCUGUACUGGGGCUCGACAGGUCAUCACGCUGCUCAACGAGCUGAAGCGCCGUGGGAAGAGGGCUUAUGGAGUGGUGUCCAUGUGCAUUGGGACCGGAAUGGGAGCUGCUGCUGUCUUCGAAUACCCUGGGAACUGAGGCCCUGGCUCAAGGCACUACCCAGACAGUCCUGCUCUGGUGGCCAGAGAGGGACACUACAGAAGCUAUUCCAUGUGGAACAAUCAGCUCUGGCGAGGGGCCAGGGGAACAAAUCAAGUCACUUCAACUAAUUUGGACAGUGUGAACCCUGUAACACAGUAUAGGGGUGGGUGGGGCUUUGAGCGGCCCCUGUCAUGCCCCAGUAGUUGCAUGGGUCACCCAGGCCACAGAUCAUUAUGUAACUUCUGGGGGACAGUGGCCUUGUGAAUGAGGGGUGCAAUGGAUGUAGAAGAUGUGUGUGAUCUCAUCUUGGUGACUGUUUUUUUCUGAGGGCCAGCUUUUGCGUUGCUGGUCUUCUCUGUGCCCCACCUCAGUAGUGACUUAACUAACUGUCAUGGUCUCCAAGGUGACGUGGUUUGUCCUUUUUGUUAGCUCUACGGACAUACGAUGCAGGCAUAGCCUGCAUCAUUGCCCUGGAAGGGGGCUUCUCCCACCCAAGAGCUGCUCAGAGCCCCCAUGCCUGUAUUCUGACCCAGCAGACCUCUUCUCUGUCCUGGCCAUGUUUAUUCCCUCACCUGGGGCUGGAGUGAGGGGUAGACACAGCACUCCCUUGUCCCGUGGCCUUGUCCCCACAGUUGCAAGAUGCAGGCCUCACUAAGCAUGCCUCCCACCACCAGUGGGGGAAAAAAACCUAAACCAAAUUUGCUCUAUAGUGAGUAUGAACAGCAGACUUACACUUUGGUGAGGACAAGCACUUUUUCCUUCAGAGCUCCUUAGAAUUGGUUUGCUUAAAUAUCAAACUUUUCACCAGAUGUAAACACAAAGUUAGUUCUCUUGAAAAUCUUAACUUCAGCUUCAUGGGUUACUUAUUUAACUAGAGCCUGGCCCACCCCCAUAGUCCCAACCCAGACAAACAAGUCUUCAAUUUGCUGUGUCAGGAGCUAUAUUCAAAAUAUUUAUUUUCUCUGUAAGAGCUUCCCAUUGAUCUCACAAAUAAUUUUACCACCUCUGAGAUGGAAGACAAAAGAAAUACUUAGUUUCUAACAUCCCCAUAUAUAAAAUUCUAGAUACAUACAAUAAAUUAGCGAAUCUGAAUUAUAA